AUGAAGAACCUAUGGCUAUGGCGUUUCCUGCCUCUGGCGCUCCUGCUGCUGCAGGCGCUCGUGGUUGAAUCGAAAGUUCAGUCAGAGAGUGGUCAUACAUCAAUAGAUGUGACUUCCGGAACAUAUCAGCAUGGAAGCCAAUAUGCGGGUGAAGCUGAGGGGUCUCACAUUUGGCCCGGACAUGAACGUGUCGAAAACGCGCUCAGAAUCCUCCAUGGAAUAAAGAUUUCGACCGCCCGAUCUGAGAAGCCCUCGGGCCUCGUCGGGUAUGCCUUACAUUACGCCCAACAGGCGUUCCGCAUCCUAUUCAUGAAUGCACCUCAAUCGGACACAACUGAGAAGCGGAGAGUCGAUCCGAAUGUCGUCAAAGCCGUGAAAGAACUCAAGCUGGCUGCCGAGGAGGAUGAGAACCCCGAUGCGAUGUUCCUAUUAGCGGAAAUGAACUUCUAUGGCAACUUUACACAUCCGCGCGAUUUCAAGCGCGCUUUCCAGUGGUAUCAGAGCCUUGCUUCCUUGACUGGAAACAGUACAGCACAAUAUAUGCUCGGUUUCAUGUACGCCACUGGCAUCGGGAACGGGGUGGAGCGCGACCAGGCGAAGGCAUUGUUGUAUCAUACGUUUGCUGCGGAAGGAGGGGACACGAGGUCGGAGAUGACGCUGGCGUAUCGCCACCACGCUGGUAUCGGGACUCCCAGAGACUGCGAUCAAGCGACGUAUUACUACAAGAAAGUGGCGGACAAGGCGAUUCAGUGGUAUCGAUCUGGGCCGCCCGGUGGCUAUAGCAUGGCUCGUGAAGCUUAUCGGUGGGCGGACGAGGAGGGUGGCGUUUAUGGCGAGGGUGCCAGUGUCUCGAGCUCAGGGCCUAACGCACAGCGUGAUGGGGUCCAGUCUAGUACCGAGGCCAGCUUGGAGGACGUUCUGGAAUACCUGGACCUCAUGUCGCGUAAGGGGGAGCUCAAGGCCACGUUUAGUUUGGGGAAGCUACACUACGAUGGGGCGCGAGGCUUGCCUCGGAAUUUCCGAAAGGCAAUGAAGUACUUCAAGCAAGUAACGAGACGUUACUGGAACAAGGACGGGUCAGUCAAUCCCAAUCACCCCAUGGGGAUCGAUAAACUUGCUUCGAAAGCAGCUGGCUACGUUGGAAUGAUGUACCUGCGCGGCGAAGGCGUCGAGCAAAAUUUCAACAACGCUCUUACCUGGUUUAAGCGGGGACUGGUCAACGGCGACUCGCUGUGUCAGCACGAGAUCGGACUCAUGUAUCUCCAUGGGUAUGGCGUCCCCCAGGACGCCUUCAAGGCCGCUUCGUAUUUCAAAUCGGCUGCCGAUCAGGACUAUCCAGCAUCGGAGACCAGACUUGGCGUUCUAUUCCUGGAUCAGGGGGAUGUUGCCACAGCGACACGGUAUUUCGAGCUGGCUGCUCGCUGGGGGUCCAUGGAGGCCUUCUACUACCUGGCGGAGUUGUCGAACAAUGGCAUCGGCCGGCAACGACAUUGUGGCAUGGCCGCAUCGUAUUACAAGCUGGUCGCAGAGCGUGCCGAAGCGAUUCAUUCGUCGUUUGCCGAAUCAAAUGCCGCGUAUGAGAAUGGCGAUAAAGAAGCGGCUUUGAUCCCAGCCAUGAUGGCUGCAGAGCAGGGCUACGAAAGCGCUCAAGCAAAUGUAGCAUUCCUACUCGAUGACCAGCGCUCAUUGUUGUCGCUCGACACCAUUCUACCUGGGGUUAAGAAGCCUCGUCCGUCUCUCCUUCGGAACGCUGCUCUAGCGCUGAUCUACUGGACACGUUCGGCGAAACAGGCGAAUAUCGACUCGCUGAUCAAGAUGGGUGACUACUAUCUCAGCGGAUCUGGCAUCGGAGCGGACCCUGAAAAAGCUUCUAUUUGCUAUCAUACCGCUGCUGAGGCCCAUUACAGUGCGCAAGCCUACUGGAACCUUGGCUGGAUGCACGAGAAUGGAGUCGCCGUGGAGCAAGACUUCCACAUGGCCAAAAGAUACUAUGACUUGGCGCUCGAAGCAAAUGCAGAAGCUUAUCUGCCUGUGAAAUUAAGCCUGAUAAAGCUGCGGAUGCGCAGUUAUUGGAACAAGAUUACGAAUGGAAAGGUCAACUCCAUUCAAGAGGAAGAAGAACAAAAGCCUCGACGGACAUUCAAAGAGUGGAUUGCAGCGUUUAUUGAGAACAACGAAGAGGAGGAGGCCAGCUAUCACUCACAAUUGUACAAGCAUGCGGAAGAUGAAGAUGACAUGCUAUCUUCGAAUCCAGACGCACGCCCUCUUGAUGAACACCGUCAUGACGACGGUUACUAUGAUGACCUCGAACUCGACAUUGAUGAGAGCGUCCUGGAAGGCCUCAUUAUUGUCACCUUGGCCGCCACAUUACUUGUACUUGUAUACUUGCGGCAGCAGCGAAACAGGCAAAGGCCGAACGAGAAUCCAGGUGCCAACCCAGCAGCAGUGAACAAUCAAAACGACCGCGGGUUUUUCCCGCAGCCAGGAGAUCCGGAGUUUGCUCAGUGGGUUGCCGGUGGUGUCGGUCAUUAA